AGUAAGAUCUAUACGCUGGAUUCUUUGAUUUUCAAUCAUUUUCCUACGUUCUCUGUUUUCACUAACAGCAAAUUAACCAACUCACCUCGCAAAUCCGAUUCUAUUCUAAACUCGCGCGUCACUCUCUAAUAUCUUCACCAUUCUUGAAUGGGGUUUUAGAUGAAGAUUUUGGUUUUGAUUUUGUAACCCAAACCCCAAUGGGUGUGGUGAAGUCGUGGUUGUUAUCGAUGAACCACACUCACCCUAACACCAAACACGUCUUCUGUUCGAGAUCCAUCCCUUGGUCCCUCAUUUGCGGCUUCAUGCUUUUCGGUUUGGGUUUAAUUUCCCUCUUAACAGGUCACGUUGUUUCUCACGUUGAGUGGUACUCUCAACGAUUCGUUCACCGCUCUUUCUUUUCUUCAUCGGAUGGUCACGCGCCAAUUGAUAUUUGGAAAUCACAAUAUUCUAAAUACUACUAUGGAUGUAAAGAAAGGGGACGGAAUUUUUCGCCUGCUAUACGUGAGCGCAUGUCAAAUGGCUACUUGCUUAUUGCAGCAAGUGGAGGACUGAACCAACAAAGAACCGGGAUAACUGACGCUGUUGUCGUUGCCCGGAUUCUUAAUGCUACGCUAGUUGUACCUGAAUUAGAUCAUAAUUCUUUUUGGAAAGAUGACAGUGACUUUGCCAAUAUUUUCGAUGUUAAUUGGUUCAUUACUUAUCUUGCAAAAGAUGUUACUAUUGUUAAAAGAGUUCCUGAUAAGAUCAUGCGAUCAAUGGAGAAACCCCCUUAUACAAUGCGUGUCCCUAGGAAAUCAGAUCCUGAAUAUUAUCUUGACCAAGCUUUGCCAAUACUCUUGAGACGACGGGUUCUUCAAUUGACAAAGUUUGACUAUAGACUUGCCAAUGACCUCGAUGAUGAGCUGCAAAAACUUCGUUGCCGAGUUAAUUAUCAUGCUUUGAGAUUUACAAAACCUAUACGGAAAAUUGGUCAAAAAAUUGUAAUGAGAAUGCAAAAAAUGGCAACCCGUUACAUAGCAGUUCAUUUGAGGUUUGAGCCAGAUAUGCUGGCAUUUUCAGGUUGUUAUUUUGGUGGGGGUGAAAAAGAAAAACAAGAGCUUGGUGAAAUCAGAAAAAGAUGGACAACACUGCCUGAUUUGAGCCCUGAUGAAGAGCGAAAGCGUGGGAAAUGUCCUCUUACUCCUCACGAAGUGGGUUUGAUGCUGCGAGCACUUGGUUUUACAAAUGACACAUACUUAUAUGUUGCGUCUGGGGAAAUAUAUGGCGGGGAUGAAACCAUGCAACCUCUUAGAGAACUUUUUCCCAACGUCUAUACAAAGGAGAUGCUUGUUGAAGACGAGCUGAAACCUUUUCUUUCAUUUUCUUCCCGCCUUGCUGCUAUCGAUUACAUUGUUUGUGAAGAAAGUAAUGUAUUUGUUGCUAACAACAAUGGUAACAUGGCCAAGAUUCUUGCUGGUCAAAGACGAUACAUGGGUCACAAAAGAACCAUUAGACCAAAUGCAAAGAAGCUUAGCGCGUUGCUCAUGUCAAGGCAUGAGAUGGACUGGGAAACGUUUUCCGGAAAGGUGAAGGCAUGUCAGAGGGGAUUCAUGGGAGAGCCAGACGAGAUGAAACCUGGACGAGAGUUUCAUGAAUAUCCAAGCGCUUGUGUCUGUGAGAAACCGUUUAUAGAUAAACUGAGUGAAGAUGGAAUUCACCCGCCUAAACUCGCGUUGAGAAAUAUGACAACGGGGGCUGACUCUGAAAUGAAUAGCGGAAAUGAAGAAAAUUUUGAGCUACCAAAGCCUAGUGAGAUAACAUGACACUAUGAUGAUGAUGAGAUUGAGAAUUGAAAGAGCAACUUUGGUGCCUUUAAAGUUGGUGGUAAUAUUGAGCUGUUACAUGGCCAUGAUGAAAAUCUUGUUCUUUCAUGUUGUGAUGGCUCGAUAUAGAUCAAUGUAUAGGGGAAAAGUACGUAGAUGACAUCAACACCUUACAAAUGUUAAUAGAUAUAUAUCUUUUUUUCCAUUGUGA